AUGGUGGCCAAACAGCGGAUCCGGAUGGCUAAUGAGAAGCACAGUAAAAACAUCACCCAGAGGGGGAACGUAGCCAAAACCCUGAGACCGCAAGAAGAAAAAUACCCUGUGGGACCAUGGCUGUUGGCACUGUUUGUUUUUGUUGUCUGUGGCUCAGGAACUUUAGAAAGCCCAGAAGAGCAGGCAGAGGAGACAAUGCCGUGGGUAAUCCCACCUUGCGAAAACGAGCACGUGUCACGCGAGUGUACCCACGGUUUCCACCAAGACCUUUAUUUAGCAUCUGCAGAGUGCCAGACAAACUGUAAAAAUGACACCAAGACAGCCUUGGAGACUGCACAUCUUCAUGCUGUGACCCAGUCCAACCAUUUCAUAACUUGAAGGAAAAAGCAUAACUCUGCUCAUUAACAACAGCUUGUACCUAUAAAGGAAAAUAAAA